AUGGGCAAGAAGAAAUUCAUCAACAAAUAGAAUGCAGCCACACUCAAAAUGGUUCAUCAACCAGGUGAAAAUAAUCAAGGAGCCACAGACAUGAUUUGUUUCCAAAAAGUUAAUCAACCUGGUACUCAAAAUGAAUUAUCUGACCUCAUCGAAAAAGAACUCAACAGAGGCAAGUACGAUCCCAAUCUUAAACCUCGAAUGCCUGAAAUUGACCCUACAUAGGAUGCCUUACAUUUGGUUGCUGGAAGAGAAGACCUCUGGAUUCAUCAAUUGGCCAAAUAAAAGGCCGUACAAGCAUUAAAACAGAAAUAAGAGCAAUUCCAGGAUGUGGUCAUGAAACAUUAUGAUGAAAAUGGAUUGCCUUUGGAUGGGUAUGAUUAUUCCUAGCAUCUUGCUCCAGAGAGACCCUAAGGUGAAGUGGAAUGUGUCUUUGUGGUUCCUGAAGAAGAGAGGUCCAAGGUUGUCUACGAUAUAGAUUUCAAAAGAGAAGAAUUAACAAAAGAAUAAUAAGAGGUGUAUGAUCUAUUGAUGAAAGAAGAUAAAGAUGAUGAUGAUGAUGAAAAUGUUUAAGAAAAUUAAGAAGAGUUAGAAGAUGAUUUUGUUGCUAAUUUAAUACAAUAAAAUAAAUAACAACCCUUUUAAGAGGAGAAGGUAGAAUAGGUAUAAAAAGUAGCUGAAUCACCUAAAAAAUAAGUUAGAUUUUAAGAUUAAGAGGAAUCUGAUAAUGAUGAGGAUUAUGAGGAUGAAGAGGAAAUGGAAAUUACUUAUGAUAAAAAUAAAAUGAAUUAAAAAUCAUAACAAAAGUAAUAACAACAAUAGAAAUAAUAAAAAUAAACUAAAAAAUAAUAAAGUGAUUCUGAUUCAGAAUUAGAAAUUGAUUCUGAUAUGGAAAGAGAAUUUGAAAGAGAAAUGAAUGCUUAUGAAGCACCAGAUGAUGAAGAUGAUGAAGACCAAUCAAAUAAAGAGUUUGUUAAUGAUUAAAUGCUUAAUAAGGUUAUAGAUGAUCAUCUUAAUACAAUGACCAAAAAGUAAUAGAAAAAAUCAAAAAGUUAACAAAAACCACAAGAUCAACCUGAAGAAACUGAAUAAUAGAAAGAAAAGAGACUUGAGUAUUUAAGAAAUACAGAUUACAAUGAGUACUUGAAAUAAAAAUUCCCUAAUGCAGAUUUUUCAUAAUUCCAUCUUAAGAAGGAGGUACCACCUCUCACUCCCGAAGAAGAUAUCGCGUUGUAGAACUAUCUAAAUAGGGAGUCCACUGACGAAGAAUGUCCUGACAUGGAACCUGCUGAAAAGUAUUAAGAAACAAUUGUUACUAAAUCUCUGCAUAACACUACAAUGUCUAAAAUGAAUCCAGAUCAAUUAAACAUAAUCAAAUAUAAAACUAAAGGGUAAGUUUAAUCUACCAAAGAGGAUAGGAUGAAAUAAAAGGAAGAAGAUAAGAUUAAAAUUAAAGAAUUAAAAUAAGAGAAGGAAAAGGUCAAAGAAGCUGUUUGUGAAACCUUGAAGUAAGUAGUUAUCAAAAAAGAGGAAACUCCUGAAGAAAAGAAACAUAGGAAAGAAUUAGUGAAAUAAUUGAAAUAAGCAUAAAAAGAGAAAAAAAAGGCAUUCAAAGAAUAAUUAUAGACCAUGUCAAAAAAACUAUAAAAAUAAAAAUUGGCUAAUAUCCAAAGUAAUUAAGCCGAAGGUGUCUCAAUUGUUAAAAUAGCAUGA